AUGCGGCGUGUUUCUUAUUCGGGUUUAUUUGAUUUUGGGUUUGCAUUGCGAGGAUACUGGGCUGGGAGCCGAGGGCGGCAGCUUUUAUGAUUAUGUGUUACGAUACGAUGCUAUGUUAUGUUUUUGAGAGGGGUGGUUUAAUGUUUACGAUGAUGAUGUUGAUGAUGGAUUGUUUGGUUUGGUUAUGGUUCUUGGUUCUGGAUUUGGAUUUUGUGGAGUCUUCUUUGGGAGGUACUCCGACCUUCUUUCUCAUUCUCCUUUGUCAGACAGAUUUUCUUGGAGCUUCUGCAGUUGUUGAUGCAGUGCAGAUUGCUGGAGGGAGCUUCCACUUGACCUAACUACUCACACCUGAUUAUAGGUUAAUGACCAACUGACUGCAGCAGUUGGUUGAUGCUGGUGGUUAUGGUUGUGAUAGUGGGUUGGUGGACGUCAAGUCCCCAUAUUCAUUCUUUUGGUACAGAAUUGCAUACACUCGUCUCUUUUGUCU